CCUGGUAACGGCUCUACCUACACUCACGCCCACCCGGCAGUGAACGGUAGUGAAAAGCAGAGGAUAUCAGCUACAGUAUAUCGCUAUUGGGAGCAAAUAAAUUCUGCUGCGAUGGGUACCUUGGGUCCAUUUAGCCUGUUCUUGCUUUUUGCGUUGUCUCAGUAGAACGUCUUUGUAGCCGCCAGCGACGUGCUCGAGCUCGGGAAUUCUGAUUUCGAUUACACGGUAGAAGAGUACGAGACUGUUGGUGGAGUUCUUCGCUAAUGAAUUAGCACGCACGAACUACAGCCAUCUAAACAUGUGUGGUCACCGCCAGCAACUAGCCCCAGAAUAUGAAACUGCAGCAACAAAACGAAAAGGGACAGUGUCUUUAGCUAAAGUAGACUGCACAGUGAACUCUGAGACGUGUGGACGUUUUGGCGUCAAUGGAUACCCCACCACACACCACAAUGGAGAGGACUUUGCUGCUUAUGAUGGACCCAGGAGUGCAGGUGGCUACUUUAAAAUCAUUGCUGCUCUGGUUUGUGUCUGUGUUUUUAGUGUAUGUAUGACUCAUCUAAUGUUGUCCCAUGUUCCCAUAUAUGGCAUUGUGAGCUUCGUGAAAAAACAGGCAGGUCCCAGUUCCAUUCCUCUGCACAAUGAGAGAGACCUGGAUGCAUUCAUCAACAAUUUUGAAGCCAGUGUGGUUGGUUUCUUCUCAGGUGCUGACAGCUCUCAGAUGGCUGAGUUUCUGAAGGCGUCUAGUGCAAUGAGAGACAGCCACCGCUUUGCCCACACUGCAGACCUGAGCCUGGGCCUCAAACACGGCGUGGAAUCAGAGGUGAUGAAAGUGACCACUCAGUUCCAGUCUCAGGGGCUGAGUUACGCUGUGGCCAACAGAGCAGAGUUCCAGGAUGAGCUGGAGGAGGAGUUUGGCCCGGGGCCGUCCGACGGGGGAGAGCUACCUCUCAUCAACAUCAGGAACAGGGAGGGCCACAAGUACAGCAUGCAGGAGGAGUUCACUUUCCCCGCUAUUUUCUUCGUCGCAGCAGGACAGAAGGACCAACCUCGGAAAUACGAGGGUGGCCGUGAGGGGAAUGAUUUCCUCAAAUAUCAGAAGGAGGAGGCCACACAUCCCCUUGUCCUGGGCACUGCCAGAGAAGACUUGUGAGAGCGCAAUGAAGAGAGAGAAGAAAAAACAAGGGAUGAGUGGGUGGACUGUCAAAGAAGCAGAAGACAUGAACUAUAAGGGGUAAAAAGGAGCCAUCCAUUGCAAUACACAGUUUCCGACCAGAAGAUCUCCUUUGGGUUUCUGUGCCUUACCAGCAACACUGAAUACUCAUAACAUAGAGGACUUCUACAUUUCAAAAUCUGCAGUUUUUUCAUGGGGUUUCAAAAGAGUAAUGUUCUCAAUGUGAGAGGAUGGAGCAUCUGCAAGUACAGUAAUAGGCAACACGUGCAGAUUGGUUUUGCAGUUAAACUGGUGACUUGGUGGUUGCUAUUAAUAUUCCCAAGAAAGGCAUACUAGUGUAGCGUCCUUGACUCUGAGUAAGGUACCUCAGUCAGACUAUAGAUAAAUGUAGAAAAGGAAAAAUUAUGUGCAACAGUUUUUGCAAAGUUGCUUACGGGUACAAAUAAAAAAGUGCCUGCUAAGCAAAUAGAUAAAAAUAGAAUCAAAUGUCUGAUACAGGGGCCUCCCGAGUGGUGCAGCGGUCUAAGGCACUGAGGCGUCACUACAGACCCGGGUUUGAUGCCGGGCUGUAUCACAACCGGUCGUUAUUGGGAGUCUU